UUAUAAACCUCCUUUCUCGUCUUUCUUCCUUUCGUUUUUCCCUUUCGUCCUUUGAUCUCUCUCCGCCACUCCUGUCCAGCCACAGCGCAUUCUGCCCUCGUCUAUUCUGUUCUCUUCCUUCUUCUUUUUCUGUUCAUGCAAACUAUGGAGACAUUUCACGGAUUUAUCGAGACCACAACGGACACUUUGCUAAUCUUUGAAGCAUGUCGUCGCGGGAUCUUUCAUAAAAUCAAUCGUCGAUUGCAAGAAAGGGAACGUGGCACGGUACAAUCGGGCACCGUAUUUGUGUUUGAUGAGAAAGAAUCAGGCAUUAAGCGCUGGACCGAUGGUCUUGUGUGGAGUCCUUCUCGAAUUCUUGGCAACUUUUUGAUUUACCGUGAAUUGGAUGCACGCGAUACAGGUCACGGCAAACGCGCAUCGGUGGAUCGUCGUCACUCCACUGGGCAUAGCCGACACAGUGAGAAUACGGUCAUUGAUCGCAACCGCGAGCGCGCGUUGGUAGGCUCCCUCACCAACUCGUACAAAUUCAAGAAAGGCGGACUCAUUAAAAAGACAAUGAGUAUCGUCGUGAACGGUUCCGCUCAACAUUUAAUCAGUUAUUACACCAAAGAGGAUGUGCUCAACCACCGUUUACGAACACCUUGCUCUAUUCCUGAAUUGGCGUGCCUAGAAAUAAGCUCCGAAUUACUGAUGCGACAGACCUUCCGUAUUCCCCUUAAUAUCGAAUCCAAUGCAUCCUUUGACGACAGCAAAAGGAGCUCCAUGUCGUCUUCGCCCGAUUCAGCAACGCCCGUAUUCUCAUCGUCACUGAACUCUCCGCAUGAUAUCCUACCAUUCUAUCAAAGACCAGACACGCGUCGACGAUCGUCUGCAUCUACACAUGAUAUGACUUUCCAUCAUGUUUCGGUAUCGAGAUCGCCAUUGGAAACGAUGAAUGGAGGAUAUCCUUCAACUGCUGUUCUUUCGUUGACAACGGGGACGUCCGAUUAUGUGUCGGAAGGUUACAACAUGCGAUACAAUGUUCGAGCCGAUUCUAUGCCAACGCCUCCUAAUACUGACGACUGCGCAACACUUCAAUCGCAAUCCAGCAUAUCGCAUAUGCGAUUUCCUGUCAGUAUGCCAGCUUUACCACAUGCUUCUUCGGCUCCGACGUUGUCGCUUCUUGACAGAGAGUAUUUGUCGGAAUUACAUGAAGCUAGGUAUUCAUUGCCUCAUGUUGGAGCCAGAUCCUCGCCAGGAUCAAUGCCAUCCAUCUACCCUCCGCAUCCGUUACACAAAGCUUCCGUAGAGACCACACCUUUGCCUUCACCCUCCUACCACGUAUGGAAUCAGCCAUUUCCCAAAACACCCCCUACCUCCCAACCCACGUACGCCAUGAUUCCGGCAAAUAAUGGGUAUAAACAUCCAGGUUCAGCCGCCUUGCCGGCCAACCAACUACCGUUUCAGCUAUCUUCGGGCAUCAUUUCUCCUUUCGCUUCGCCAACGUCGUUUCCUAAUAUUCCAAGCAUGCUAUCCACCACCUCUACUUUGCAUACCUCCACUCACUGCUAUGCCAAUAUUCAUUCCAUGGAUUCAUUGUCUUCAACACUAUCGUCCGAUCCGGCACACCCGUCUCUUGCAGAAAAGGUCAUAUGUCCAACCGCCGCGAACAGUGAACUCCAAUAUUAUUAACAAGUCUAAUUAUUAUUAUUUUUUGCUUCAUUCUAUGUAACAUCAAUUCCUUUUUUUUUGUUAAUUUGCCAUGCUUUUUUUUCUCUCGUCUAGUAGUAAUUAGCUACUGAUGUUUAUCAUUUUGUGAUUAUAUAUCUUUUUCUCUCCUUUAUUUCUCUUUCCUUGAACUUUGUUUUGUCCAUCCUGGAUACCACGUUUUCGAAUCAUGCCCCACUUGGCAUACAGUUAUUUUCAAUCUUGAAAUAUUUUAUCUUGGCGCCGUUUUCCUAUGCAUCGAAUGACUACGGCCUAGCAAACCUACCAGUUAUAUGACUGCUUGACAAAAGUUUGUUAUAGUAUAACUAUCACUCAUGCUUGACCUUUGAAACUAUG